UGAUCCCUACAAUUUUUAUCUUGCAAGCAGCGGAAUUGUCGUGUUUGGAACUGUAAGGUAUGGUGCCUCACAAAUUACUAUUAUAGGUUAUGGUGUUUCGGUUACAUGAUGUUGUGAUUUGCAGCAAUGAAGCAGAAUGUAGAAAAAACUGGAGAUUCUCAUUGAACAGGUGAAGAACCUGUUAUCAAUGGAACUGCAGAUGGUCGUUCAGGAGGUAAGUGUUUAUUUAUUUACAGAUUUGAUUGUAGGACUCUGAUGCUUGCAUAAUUACAGGUCCAAAGAGACGUGCUGGUGGUGCGGCACUCAAUGAGUUUUUGGAGAAUAGACUCAGUAGUAUGAAAUCACAAAAUAGUCAAUGUAGAAUUGCAUCAACUCCUCUUGGCACAAUUGAUACGAACAUAUCCCAGGUCUCAAGUAUUGACACGAACACAUGUGUUGAAGGAGGUAAAAAGCAUAGAGGUCAUGGACCUUCCGUCGACAAAAUUUUCAAGCACAUUCACGUUGGUAGUCAUUCUGAAGUCGGUGCUGACAAAGAGAAUUCUCCUUCGAAUGGAUUAGCUGCUGAUAACAGAGUCCAAAAGAGGCGUGGACGUGGUCCAGGUAUCAACAAUGUAAUCAACUCCAUGCAUGCAUCUCAUAGUCCACUUGGUGUAUAUACUCCAGGACAUAAAGAUAAAUCCGAUAUUCUUCUGACUGGAACAGAAGCAAAGAGGCGCCGUGGCCCUGGUAUUAAAAGCCUCAUAUAUACUCCUCUCACUACACCAGAGGAUAGCAAUCCCAUUGCGUCAGGUUCUGGCAUUCAUAUCCAUACAUCAGAGCAAACUCCUCCUACUGCUCAUCAAAAUAACAGUGUAUCAAUUAGACGGCGAGGUCGUGGACCGGGUAUUAACAACAUUAUAGCUAAUCUUGAUACAACUCCUUACAGUGCAGGUAGCCUGGCCAAAGGUUAGUUUUAUUAAAAAUGCAAGAGGAGUACUACCUAAUGUUGUAAUUCUUCUGCCAAAAGGAAUCACAGCGGAUAUGUCACAGCUUUUUGAAUGUGCUGUUCAGUCCUUUCAUCUUUCAUAGUCUGAUACUGAUUCCAUUGAUGUGCUUUCUCAGAAACUAUAACUCCCAUGAAUACUGUCACUGUUGAGCAAUCUGUCACCAAUAAUUCCACGGGUGUGAAUACUAGCCGUCGUAGUGGCUAGAUGAAUAUUAACAGUCAUUCGGAUCAAAGUGCACACUCCUCCAAGUCUGGCACCUCACAUGUCAACAACGCAGACCAGAGUUCUUCAGAGGAUUUAGACCAUCACCAGGUGCUUCAGCAUCUGGAGUAAAAAAUCUGAGCACAAUGUUUGACGAAGUUAGUCAACUAGGCGUUCAUACGAGGUCUUUCCAACAGCAGGG